AUGACAAGAACUCCAUCACUAAAGUCAUGUAUCCGAUGCUUAAUCCUACAACCCCAGCUUCGUAGCAACCCAACCAUGUUGCCUCCACGAAGCGCCGUCGGUCGAAUACCGAGUCACAUUCGACCGGCCAAUCCGCCCCAGAUUCCCAGGUCAAAUAUUCAAAUGCGACCAUUUACGCACCGCACACGCCUACUUCUUCUUUCGCCAGCGCCCGGCCGUCCCCAGCUACCAUUCCUAUCACCGCUUGCGCCCACUCGCCCCCUUCCUCCAUUGUCAAUUCAUUUGCGCCAACACUUUGGUCGCUUGGUAUCCACUGCCAGUCGCGAGAAUUACAAACGGAGAGUGUCGCGAGGUCUGAAACUUGGUAUAUCGUUCUACGCCAUUCUUCUCUUGUUUUCCGCCAUCAAGCUCGGGGUUUACCAAGAGGAUAUCGAACAUUCAUGGCCCACGCCUCCGGAGUGGUCAUGGAAGAGUCGUUGGUGUCUCCGGUCCGCUCAGGCACUGCAAAACCCCGAACAGAUCGGCAAGUUGAUGACCAAUUGGCCCAUGGUUGCUGGGUAUCUGCGUGAGCUGCUGGAGCGGUUGGAAAAUAUGGAGGGAGAAGGCAAAGGAAUCGUCGAACAAGAUGAAGGUGGUUUCCUGGUCGAGGGUGUUGGCCGUACCGGGCUCGAUGUUUCUGCGAAGAGCGAGCCUUGGCGUCGCGGAUAUUUCCAGGCCCUUAUGGGAGCUGCCAAGGCUGCAGAGAACCUGGAUGGAUGGCUGACAGACCGCAAACAGCGCAUUUCUGCGCCGGCGGAGUAUGUCGUUGGUCCCUCCAACCCUCGCCCGAAGCCCAUGCCCGCGGGCCAGAAGAAGGUUCCCCAGGAGGAGGAUUGUGAGCGGGCGUCUCCUUCACCAGAAAGCUUCUACAUGAAGGUUCUGACAACCAAGGGUUUCGAUACAAGGCAGAAGCUUGAUGCGGCAUUGGCAUAUGCCGAUUGGCUCGACUUCAAAGGUCUAGGCCUCACAGCGGGCGAUAUGUAUACUUGGGCCUUGGAUAUCGCGGCAAAUGGUCUGAACGGGGACGCUAGUAAGAUCAUUGACGUGAAGAACGGUCUUCUGAAGAAUAAUUCCGGAGACCUGCCUUCAGAAAACAUACUCCGUGUCUCCACGGCCCUUGCCGUGCACAACGCUCGUCAAGGCAAUCUUCCCACAGCCCUUUCUCUCUUCACAUCGGUCCUCAAGGCCCGACGCAACCUUCCUCCAGCAGCGGACUCCGACCUACCCUUCUCUUUCGCACCACCCCCCAAAUCCACCAAUGAUCCGUUUGCCUCCCUCUUCAAAUCACUCAAAACCGUCCUCAUCCCCGUGGAAUACCCAGCACCUCUCCCCUCAGGAGAUGAGCCUCCACGCCGAACACCAGCAUCCGCCUGCGAAGAAGCAGGUCUGAUGACCUACAUUGGCGAGAUUCUCUACGCUUCAUCGACCAAAGAAUCCGGCCUCGCCUGGACCCGUGACGCAGUCGACAUGGCCGAGUCCACCAUGGUUGAUCUCAGCAACUCUGCUGACCGUGCGGCUCGAACCCGUUGCGCGCAGUGUCUAAAGGUUGGCCUGGAGAAUUGGAAAACUAUGGUCUCUUCUCUGGUUUCUCGUGCCCAAAAGGAAGAAGAAGAGAGCAAAGAACAAGCCAAGGGCGCUUGGUAUGGUGGUGAGCGUCGUGCGCAGGCCAAAGCAUUGGAGCGUCGGCGUUGGGAGGCCGAAAACACCAUUUUGGAAGAUCGAAUCCGCAGACUCUUCCCUCUUCUAGAAGGUGAGUCGGGGCUGGAUACUUUGGCUCCCAACAGCUCUCUCUUCGUGUAA